UAUCUCUUCAGCCGAGUACCGCAUAUCCCACCCACAUCACAUAAUUUAGAGAAGAAAGAGAAAGAGAAAGAGAAAGAGAAAGAAGAGUUCAACAAUGCAAGCAAAAGAUGAGCUCAAACGAAAAUCAAUGGCGUCUACUACAACAUUAUCAGCACCUCGAACCCAUAAUCUAAACCCUUCAAAGGUCAGAGAAGAAGGAGAGCUCACUUCAUCUGACGACGAUGCAUUUUUGACAGGCUCAGCUGCGCCACUUCCAUCCAGUUCUGUUCCAAAUGCACCAUCACCAGUGAGAACAUCUUUGCAGGGUUUGUACUUAGGAGAACGGAAUUGUUGGUGAAAGUGGACGAAAAGGAAGGAAAAUAACACAAAAAGAGAACAGGUCAACGAUGGAAAAUGCGGUGGACAGUUGGAAUCUGGUCAAAGACAGCUUCUUACAACAUUUUUGUUUUAAAAGGGAAGCUGAACUCUGGAACAACUACUGGGGGAUCCGCUCAUAUUAAGUCCCAAACACCUUAUCGUAAAGGAUUUAGUAAGAACCAGGUUCUAUUAAAAACGAGUAAUCCCGGAUGGCGCGCUCCUGGUGUAAAUGAUAAUUUAGUUAUUAGUUUCUCAGAUGAUGAUGAUAGUGGUAGUGAGGUUGAAGAAAGAAGAAGAGAAAAAGCUUCUGCAUGUAAUAGGCCUCCGCUUGUGUUGAACAGCAAAAGAAGACCACCUGCUUUGCCGCAUGUAAAAGUGAAGAAUGUAAGCAGGAAAAAUGAAGGGAAGGUAGUGCCUCAGAAGGUGUCAUCGAAUCGCACUUUUGUAUCAUCAAUGGGAAAAAUUCAUGAAUCCAAUGUCAAAAGUGGUGCGCCUGCAUUAGCUGAGCAGAAUUCUCGGUUGAACAAUCCCAUUGUAGCUGGAAAAAGUUUAGCAAGCCAGGAUCCUGGAUGCAGCAAAAGCUUGGGGACAAGCAGUAGCAAACUUGAAGACCUGCGCCAGCAGAUUGCCGUUCGUGAAAAUGAACUGAAGCUUAAAGUAGUGCAACAAAAUAAGGAAAAUAUCUCUGAGGUUUGUAGGGAGGUCAAUACCAUGGGUCAGGGAAAAGACUCAUCAAGGGAAUGCAAAUUUGUGCCUGCCAAUGUACAGACUGAACUAAAGGAGCCUGAUAGGAAACGCUUAAAAAGAGAUGUUCCUGGCGCGACUGUUAGUUGUAGCUUGUCAGACUGGAUUUCUGCGCCGAAGCAAACUGCAUCGUCGAUGAACGCUACUACUACAGAUCCUCUAGAAAGAUCAAUGUCAAAGCAUCCAGGUUCGAUUAAGCAUCAGUCGUCAAGAUCCGCCCCUAACCAAGAUAUACAUGAAAGCAAUAUAAUUAAGGUCAAUGAUCUUUAUGGUGGUGCAUCUGCUCUCAAAAAAGUGAAGUCUGUAUCUGAUGGCAGCUUGCAGGCCCGCUCUCUACAAGUGUCAAAUAGCAAGUUCGGGAGUCCUGAUGUGUCACCUGACAACAAUAGUCUCUUACUCCGUCUGGGAAGGUCUCAAGGCUUUGGCAGUGGUGAUGUGGAUUUACAGUCUCUGUUUGAACUCGAGGAAUUACAUGAUAAGGAGCUGGAAGAAGCACAAGAGCUCAGGCGGAAAUGUGAAGCUGAAGAAAGACUAGCUCUUAAUGCUUAUCGCAAAGCCCAGAGAGCACUACUGGAGGCUAAUGCUCGUUGCACAUAUCUUUAUCGCAAAAGGGAACGAUAUUCAGCUCAGCUUCGUUCUUUUCUGAUCGAGGACCCCAGUUUAUUAUACUCUUCUAGGCAGCAUAAUGAAACUGAAGAGAAAUGGAAUUUGACAAACAAUAUUUCUGAUGUUAAUUUGGAUUUUAUUCCAUCAAGUCAUCAAUUAGAUGAGUUUGAAACUGGUAACAGAUUGGGGUAUGAUUCAAAUGUCCACAGUGCAGAUGGUGAUGCACACAAUAGAUCUUCUGCUAAUGAGGAAGGACACAACUUAGGAUCCGAAGCAUGCAGUGAACCUGAUGCCAGCACAUCAGAACUUGUUCGUGCAAACAAUUUUGCUUCAAAUGGCAUUCUUUCACCAUCUAAUGAAACAAAUUUAUCUCCUGAUGAUGAUUGUGAGACCAUUUCUCUGGAUCGUAGAUCUCUCCAUGCCAAUGUGACAAUUCCUAGAAUCAAUGACAAUAUCAAAGAAAGUGAGAAGGAUACAGUUGUUGACUCUGCUACAAACUUCUCAAUAGAUAGUUCACAGGAUCCCUUAUUUCUUGAAGAAUAUCUGAGAUCUACAUUGAUUUCACGGCUGGGGGAAGGUUCUUUAAAACGUAGUGGCAUUGGUGAUAACAGUGAAUCGUCAGUGGAAAGGAUUGCUGAUGAACGUAUCGCAGAUGCAAAGACUGAGAUGAUCGUGAAGAGUGUUCCUCUUUGUGAUCUUAAUAUCUGUGCCGCUGAAUGUGGUAAGAGAGAUGGUCCCAAGGAGCCUGAAGCCAGCAUAUCCGAGCCUCUGUUAGACACUCAAAAUCAGCAAGUACAAGAGCAUUGCUUAAAGGAUUUCCCCACUCGUGCUUCUAAUCCCGAAGAAUGUAGAAUUCUUUCUGCAGAUACAGCAUCAACAUCAACGAUUUUGUCAGCUUCUAUAUUUAGGAGUGCAAUGAUGGCUGCCAGUCCAGUCAUUUUGGGCAGUAUGCAAAUUAAAGAAUAUGGCUCGUGUGGUACAGGCACUGAAGAUAACCUCCUUUCAGGACACAAGCCAGAUAAGUUAUGGUUGGAGAUGACAAGUUCCGCUGAACACCCGGUAGAAUUUGGGGGCUUUGGUGAGAUUGACUCAUUUACCUGCAAAUCUGCGAUUAAUCCUCUCUGGCCUUUGUGUAUGUAUGAACUUCGUGGAAGAUGUAACAAUGAUGAAUGCCCCUGGCAGCAUACAGAAGAUUAUUCUGAUGGUAAUGAUGGUCACUCUGGCCGAGCAUCUAAUGGCCAAAGUGCGAUGGCGCAGGCAGAGAUUGGUUGUGUCUUGACACCUCCAAGAUAUCUAGUCUGCUUGGACAGUCUGAAAAAUGAGUCACAUAGUUCUCAUACUCGUUAUUUUGGGUCAUCUGGGAAAAAUAUCUUCAGUCGCUCUUUGGCUGUUUCAAGUUUACUCGUAAAGCACCUUCCUUCUGAUGAACCUUGCUUGCAUGGCAAUGACGGUUGUGUUGAGUCUUACGGUGGCAGUGCGCAUCCAUUGUAUCUUCAAAGUAGAGAUGGCACUUGGAAUCCUCUGCGAAAUGGUUUGGCUGACAAUGAUCAAUCUCUAGAAAUGGCUCUUAUUAUAUUGAGUCAGGAGGCAAAUAAAAUUGAGGGUAUAAAAAAGGCUCUUUCUGUGCUUUCUCGAGCGCUGGACACUGAUUCUUCAUGCUUACCUAUCUGGAUUAUUUAUCUACUCCUCUAUUAUUGUACUAAAUACUCUGUUGGGGAGCUCAGCAAAAAGAGUUCAGUUCAGGAGGAUGACUUUUUUUCUCAUGCUGUCAAGCACUGUGAGGAAUCAUAUGAGUUGUGGCUCUUGUACAUCAACAGUCGUGGACGACUUGAUGAGCGAUUUUCUGCUUAUGAAAGAGCACUCUCUAGGCUGUGCCAGUAUACAUCCGCCAAAGAUGGGCAGUGGAUGCAGCAGAGAAGUGCUGCCAUCUUAGAUCUAUUUUUGCAGAUGUUACACUGUUUCUGUGUGUCUGGGAAUCUUGCAAAGGCAGUUCAGGGGAUACACAGACUUGUUCAUGCUGAUGGAGAUUCUGAUGAGUCUCAUUCUCUUUUGUUUUCUGAUAUUCUUCAAUGCCUAACGAUAUCUGACAAAUAUAUCUUCUGGGUUUGUUGUGUGUACUUAGUGAUUUACAGGAAACUGCCUGAUUCACUGGUGCAGCAGUUUGAAUUUGAGAAGGAUGUUUCUUCAAUAGAGUGGCCAUCUGUCUGCUUAACAUUUGAAGAAAAGCAGUGCGUGUCCAAGCUGAUGGAAAUGGCUGUAGAAUCUGUUGGACUGCAUACGGACAGUCAACCUCUGGAGAGUAGUACUCUCAACUCUGCCCAUCAGCUGGCAGUGAACCACAUUAAGUUUAUGGCAGCUAUAGAUGGUGUAGAUAACUGUAAGGUGUUUCUAGAGAAGUACAGGAACUCAUACUCGUCUUGCUUAGAGCUAAAUCUACUUUCGGGAAGAGCUUAUGAUUUCACAAGUGUGAAUACAAAUUUUGAAAAAUUUGAGGAUGUUCUUAGUAAUUGGCCUAAAAAUGUUUCGGGAAGUCAGUGCAUCUGGAAUCAAUUUGCUGAAUUUGCAUUAGAGAAAGGCAGAUCUGAUAAAGCAAAAGAAAUCAUGGAUCAAUGGUUUAACUCUGCUGGGGUGCCUCUGUCAUUGCAUAAACAGUCAGUUUAUAAUGAGAAUGGUGACAGUAAGAGCAUAUCUGCAGCUUCUCUGUCGGGGUUGAAUUUGGGCACUCUAAUACCCAAUUGCAGCAAUAUGGAUCUUGUAUAUGGGCUUCUCAAUCUGUCUCUGUAUAAGUUAUUACAGAAUGAUAUUAUUGAAGCUCAUUUGGCGGUUGACAAAGCUCUGAAGGUUGCUGAUGCUGAAGUCUUAAGACAUUGUGUUAAGGAGCAUGCAGCAUUUUUGUUCAACUAUGGAUCUCAGUUGAUGAAGGAUGUCUCUUUUCGUGGAUUGAUAGAUAUUCUGAAAGGUUAUAUCAUUCAUGCUCGGUCUAUUACUGACUUGGAACCAAUGACUAGAAAAUUCAUUCAAGAUAUCCAAAAACCUAGAACAAAGCAGCUUGUGCUGAACAUAUUGAGUCCAAUUUCGCCUGAUUCAUUUUUGGUCAAUUCAGUUCUUGAGAUUUGGUUUGGUUCAUCCCUCUUGCCCCCAAAAUUUGAUCAGUUAAAAGAUAUGGUGGACUUUGUUGAAGCUAUCCUGGAAGUUUCACCUGCCAAUUAUCAGCUUGUGAUUUCUGUUUGUAAGCUGGUCUGCGGGAAAUUUGAAUUUAGCAAUUCUAAAUCUGCUAGUGUGUCAUUCUGGGCGAGUUCGUUGCUGGUUAAUACCAUCUAUCACGCCAUUCCGCUCCCACCAGAGCAUGUGUGGGUGGAAGCUGCAGAUAUGUUGGGUAAACUAACAAGUGUGCCAGAAAUCUCUGAGAGCUUCCAUCAGAGAGCCUUGUCAGCCUAUCCAUUUUCCCUGAAGUUAUGGAAAUCUUUUCUUAAUCAGUCGACUGGACCCAGCAAGAGAAACUCUGUUGUUAAAGAAGCUACAGAGAAGGGUUUAGAACUUGGAUAGUUUCGCUUCACUACAGUGCAGGAAGCGGAUAGAUACACCAUUGAGAUAAAACAUCUGGAAACUUAUACAAGCUACAUAAUAUUCUUCUGGUAAAUUUAGGCUUGAGGAAACAAGUAUACACAGAAAUAGAAUGUUGUAAAUUGAUUUUGGCAGUGUAGAUCUUAACAGGCAGAGAUACAGUAAUACACAGGGACAGGAAAGCAAGUGCUUACCUCUUAUAGUAGUCAGUGGCUGGGGAAUUUUCUUGGCUUAGAAAUAGCUGGAUAUUUGUAAAUAUUGCACUUUUCUUUGUUCCAACAGUUUUUAGGGAUAAUUUUCUGCUAGUUUUUUCUUUUCUUUAGAGUUUGAUCUUAAUUAUUGCCUUUUGACAUUUUGUCGAUGUUGAUUAACAUAGUUGGUAAAGUCUUGUAUUAUCAAAACUUCGUGAAUCAUGUCAACAAUGACGUUCUGCCUAGAGAUGGCAGUGGGUAA